AUGCGCAGGUGCGCCCUCGUCGUUGCGCCUUCAUCCCAGGUGCGCCCUCGUCGCUGCGCCUUCAUCCCGGCUACGCCCUCGUCUCUGUGCCUUCAUCCAAGGUGCGCCCUCGUCGCUGCGCCUUCAUCCCAGGUGCGCCCACGUCUUUGCACCUUCAUCCCAGGUGCACCCACGUCUCUGCGCCUUCAUCUUAGGUGCGCCCUCGUCUCUGAGCCUUCAUCCCAGGUGCGCCCUCAGCUCUGCGCCUUCAUCACAGGUGCGCCCUCGUCUCUGCGCCUUCAUCCCAGGUGCGCCCUCGUCUCUGCGUCUUCAUCCCAGGUGCGCCCUCGUCUCUGCUCCUUCAUCCCAGGUGCGCCCUCGUCUGUGCGCCUUCAUCCCAGGUGCGCCCUCGUCUUUGCGCCUUCAUCCGAGCUGCGCCCUCGUCUCUGCGCCUUCAUCCCAGGUGCGCCCUCCUCUCUGCGCCUUCAUCCCAGGUGCGCCCUCGUCUUUGCGCCCUCAUCCCAGCUGCGCCCUCGUCUCUGCGCCUUCAUCCCAGGCGCGCCCUCGUCUCUGCGCCUUCAUCCCAGGUGCGCCCUCGUCUCUGCGCCUUCAUCCCAGGUGCGCCCUCGUCUCUGCGCCUUCAUCCUAGGUGCGCCCACGUCUCUGCGCCUUCAUCCCAGGUGCGCCCUUGUCUCUGCGCCUUCAUCUUAG